CAUCACGGUGCGACCGCGCUGCUGCUGCUGAAGGGCGAAACGCGCCGCGUGUGUUGGAGGCGCUGAGGUUCGGCGGGUUCGGCGGGCUUAUAUUCCUCUGGUCCGCCCGUCUUUACGGUACCUGACAGAACGCGCGGGCGGCGCGCAGAGAAAAGACUGACCUCCUCCAGGUGAUGGCGCUCUCUUCGCUCUGCGGUGCUCUGAGGGCGCUGACCGUGGGCAGCAUCAGCACCAGGACCGCCGCACCGGUUCUGAGCAGUUCUGUCCUGAACUCCGCUCUGCUGUCUGUACGGCCUGUGAAUUCCUCACUGCCGCUCUGCCGAGGCUUCCUGACCACAGCCGCUCUGGGCCAGAACCGGACUCUCUGGAAACAGACGGACAAAUACACCAUCCGGCCUAUUGGGGUUAAGAAGACCGGCGGGAGAGACUUUACUGGGAAGAUCAGGAGACAUGGUAUCGGAGGUGGACACAAGCAGAGAUAUCGCAUGAUAGACUUCCAGAGACUGCGUUAUGAACCGGGCAAAGAGGAUCAGCAGAUCGUGGAGAAGGUGGUGGAAGUGCGAUACGACCCCUGCAGGUCAGCAGAUAUCGCUCUGGUUGCCGGGGGGAACCGUAAGCGCUGGAUCAUCGCCACGGAGAACAUGCAGACUGGAGACCUGAUCAAAACCUCCUCCGCGAUUGGACGGAUGGCAGUGCUGGCUAACGAGGGUGACGCCCACCCUCUGGGUGCACUUCCUGUGGGCACCCUGAUCAAUAACCUGGAGCUUCAACCGGGAAAAGGGGCUCAGUACAUCCGCGCCGCAGGCACGUGCGGCAUCCUGCUUCGCAAAGUGAACGGGACGGCGAUCGUCCAGCUGCCCUCCAAACAUCAGAUCCAGGUGUUGGAGACGUGCAUGGCCACCGUGGGGAAAGUGUCCAACAUCGACCACAACAAGCGCAUCAUCGGAAAGGCCGGCCGGAACCGCUGGCUGGGCAUCAGGCCGUCCAGCGGGCAGUGGAAGAGGAAGGGCGGCUGGGCGGGCCGCAAAAUCCGACCAUUACCCCCCAUGAAGAGCUUCGUCAACCCGCCCUCCUUAACCGCCAAAGCGUGACCACGUCUGACCGCGAGACGCCUCGUCCGGCGCGGAGCUUUCAGAGAGCCGGACGAGUGAAACUGUUCGAUGAUCGAUGGAGUCCCACACCCACACGGCUGAUCCGACCUCGGAGCGUCUCCAGCGCCUCAUCCUGCGGUUUCCGACUCUGAGACUCGCUGCCUCUAUAAACAUGGACGAGACCAGGAGCCUGUAGAGUCCAUUAGAAACGUGUCUCGGGUCUUCCUGCUGGACAGCGUUGACGCUGGGCUUCAGUGACGUGGCUGACUGAGAACAGCUGCUGUGUUCAGAGCAGAUCGGACGUUUUCCUGUUCGGCCUCCGGGUUUGUUUUCAAUGUGCAAAUAUAAAUCAAAUCUAAUAAAAUCAUUAAAAUUAA